AUGCCCUGCCAAGCUGACACUACCAACCUGAAGUUCAUGAAGAAGGGGGCCGUCUUCGGCUCGGGUGCCUUCGGCACCGCGAUGUCGACGGUGCUGGGCAGGAAGUGCGAGCAGGUCAAGGUGUGGCACCUGAACGCCGACGAGGCCAAUCUCAUCAACGAGAAGCAUGAGAACGUGCUGUUUCUGAAGGGUGUUCCCCUGGCAAAGAACAUCACCUUCACCGCCGAUGUCGAGGAAACGUACCGGGACGCUGAGAUCAUUCUCUUUGUCAUCCCUACCCCGUUCAUGCGUAAGUUCCUGAAGACUCACGGCAAGGUACUGCUUGCGCACGUGAAGGCGAACCAUGUGCCGGUGGUGGUGUGCACCAAGGGCAUUGAGCAGUCCACACUGAAGUUCCCUGCACAGAUCCUGAUGGAGUACCUGCCGGGUGUCCCCAUCAGCGUCCUCGCGGGCCCGAGCUUCGCCAUCGAGGUUGCCAAGAACAUGCUGACGAACGUGACGGUGGCCUCCGACGACCUCGAGGAGGCGCGCCGCAUCCAGCGCAUGAUGUCGACGCCGGACGGCAUGUUCCGUUGCUGGGCCGGGCAAGACACGGUCGGCUGCGAGGUGGCGAGCGCCGUCAAGAACGUGCUUGCGAUCGCCUCUGGCGCGGCGAGCGGGCUUGGGAUGAGCAAUAACGCCCGUGCGGCGCUGAUCUCGCGUGGGCUGAUCGAGAUUCGUGACCUGACGCAGGCGCUUGGCGGCAACGGGCAGGCCAUCUUUGGGCUGGCCGGGCUCGGUGACCUGACCCUGACGUGCUCCUCCGAGCUUUCGCGUAACUUCACGGUGGGCAAGAAGCUCGGCAAUGGUAUGACGAUGACGGAGAUCAUGCGCGGUGCGAAGGCCUUCGCGGAGGGCGUGGCGACGUCGGACCCGCUGUUCCGCCUCGCGGAGAAGUUGAACGUCUCCAUGCCCCUCUGCAAGGAGGUCUACCUCGUUGUGCACAAACAGAAAGACGCCAAGGAAAGCCUGCGCGACUUAAUGAAGCUUCCCAUCAGGGACGAGGGCUUGCCAUCGCUCUUUGCCGGCGGGAAGACCCUCUCCAAGCUAUAG